CCGUGCCAUUCGUCGAGGAGCUCGAGUGUUCGGUCGAAUUCUCGAAUUGUCAGAGUUUUUAUGAGCGGUCACUCGUCGGUAAACGUAUAAAGAGAGCGAGAGAGCGAGAGAGCGAGAGAGCGAGAGAGAGAGAGAGAGAGAGAGCUUAUAAUCCGUGCAGCGCGAUGCGAGCUUGCGAGUCCAAUGUCCGCUCCUAUCGGCAGGAUCGCAGCCGGACGUGCGCAUCUCGGCCUUGCAAUGUCUGAGUCCAAGAGUCCACGAUGUGAGGGCGUAUAGGACCGUUCGAAGGCCAGGCGUAAGCUCAUCGAGAGACGUCGAACGCAGCCGGUGGCAAAUUGAAGCGUUCGGGGUUGUGAGUUGGCAUUGUCCGCCGCCUUGACUGCAGGGCAGAGAGGCGCACCCGGAGCCGGAGUAGGCGCAUGCCUGCGUCGCGACAGCGCCCUCGUCCCCAUGAGCGUCCUCCUCGCGGGCUCGGCGCGCUCGGGCCUGGUGGACUGGGGGCGCGUGCUCUGCCCAGCGGCUAACUGUCUGCUUGAGGUGGCCGAGGAGGAGGAUCAGCAGGCCGUCGUCGAGCUCGCCCUCGAGGAGCCGGGGCCCGGGGGCGGGGGCGCCAUGUCGCGAGGCCUGCCCGGUCGACGGGUACUACAGGCCCUGGUGCUCGUCCUCGCCACCGCCUACGCGACUGUUCUACUCUACCAAGCCGUCGCUCCCAGACAGUGGAUCGAUGAUCAAAGUGUUGAUGAAAUAAGCGGCGAUGUGUCACUGGAGAUGCCUCUGCCACGGCUCGUUAGAUUUGGUGUCGCAGGCGUCGUCGCCGAAGACACAGUUGCGGUCACUCCGUCGGUGGCCACUGCGACAAUAGCGCCAUUCUCCACAGAUCUUGACGACGUCUUUAUCAGUGUUAAAACGACCAGGCAUUAUCAUCAUUCUCGACUACCUGCAAUUAUCAACACAUGGUUUCAAUUCGCUAAGGAUCAGACAUGGUUUUUUACAGAUAGAGAUGACCCGUAUUUUCAUAACCAAACAAAUGGCCAUAUGAUCAACACGAAAUGCUCGUCGUCACACAGCAGACGAGCUCUAUGCUGUAAAAUGUCGGUGGAGUUCGACAGGUUCCUUGAGAGCAGUAGAAAAUGGUUUUGUCACUUUGAUGACGAUAAUUAUGUAAAUGUGCCGCGUCUGUUGAAGCUCCUCGAUAAUUACAAUCCUCGCGAGGAUUGGUAUCUUGGCAGGCCAUCGAUACCAACUCCUCUGGAGAUCGUUCGGCAGGGUUCCGAAUCCUCCAAAAGAUCCCAGAAAGUCCGAUUUUGGUUCGCCACGGGUGGUGCCGGGUUUUGUAUCAGCAGGGCGCUCGCACUUAAAAUGACACCAGUGGCUGGAGGUGGCAAGUUCAUCACAGUCGGCGACAGAAUUCGACUACCUGAUGAUGUGACGAUGGGCUACAUAAUCGAACACAUGUUGAAGAAACAACUCACCGUUAUAGAUCAAUUUCAUUCGCAUCUUGAAAUUCUCAAGUUCCUUAACAAAGACACCUUUCAUGAUCAGGUAUCGUUCAGUUACUCAAAAGGCCCAAGAGACGACUGGAAUAUUGUAAAAAUAGAUGGCUUCAGUAUUAGAGAUGAUCCAAAAAGAUUUAAAUCGCUGCAUUGUCAUCUCUUUCCUCAAGCAUCGAAUUGUCCACAUAGAUGAUUGCAACGUAACAAUUUAUUCGGAUAUUAUAUAUUAGCGUACUACUUUUGCGAUAAUUCGGAUUUCAUUAAGAAAAAUUUCUCAAAAUUAAAUGGACUAUAUGGAGUAAACAAUUUUGUAAUCAUAAAAUGAUUGCUAUGUGUGAAUGGCUGAUUAUUUCAAUUGCGAUUAAUGUACAUAACUACUAGUGCUUAAAAUUUUUUGAAGCAAUAAGAUAAAAAUGAUCUUACGAUUGUACGAAAUAUGGAAAUGGAACGUUGUAUAAAGUCGAAUUAUUUUAUACGUAACGUCAGAAAUGGUUUUCUAUAAAUAAUGUUUAUAGUAACAU